UAUACGUUAUCUCCCUUGGCACACGAACGCCAUAAUCUACCAAAAUAGAUUUGACAUCGUCACAACAACUUUUGCAUGUCCGAGGUUCUAAAGGUUGACUGUGUUCCGAAGAAGCGCUAGAGUGACACAUCUUCCGCUAAGAUUACAAUUCUUCUUGUCAUUGGAAGCUGUUCGUUAUCGCUUCUCAUCACAAAGACACUGUUGAAGAAAGCUACAAAAGUACGUAAAAGGCAUUGAAAAGUAUCAGUUCAACAAAACUUCCCCACUUGAGGAUAUUGCAGAACACUUAAUCAUGGCAGAUGACAAUGUUGAUGCAAGACCUGAGGGCGAUCAGGGUGAUGCACUGGCAUCUCCUGGUGCUCCAGCUGUGCUUCCAAAAGGUGAUCUUCCUGUGAUAAGCAAGACUGACUUUGUGUCCGAUAGUUAUAAUAUGAACUACCCUCGAAGAGGAAAAGCUGUCAUAUUUAACAACAAACAUUUUCUUCCAAAACGGGCAAUGGGCGAGAGAACAGGCACAGACGUUGAUGCAAGAAACUUGUAUUUCAUGUUUACUGAGAUGGGUUUUGACACCGACAUUAAACACGAUUUAAAAGCACAUGAAAUGGAAUCAUACAUGGUGAAAGUGUCAAAAGAAGACCACUCUGAUGCUGACUGCUUUGCAUGUGCCAUUCUUUCUCAUGGUGAGGAGGGCUAUGUUUAUGGGCAAGAUGCCCGCAUCGAGAUAGAGAAACUGGUGGGUCCUUUCAAGGGCAACAGAUGCAAGUCACUUGCUGCUAAACCCAAACUGUUUUUUAUUCAGGCAUGCCGUGGCACGAACCUGGAUGAUGGAGAAGUGGCAGAUGCACUGGGCACAGAGGGGAGAACAGAAGUGGAAAUUCGCCGAAUUCCUACAGAAGCUGAUUUUCUUAUGGCAUACUCUGUUGUACCAGGAUACUUCGCCUGGAGAAACUCAUCUCGUGGGUCGUGGUUUGUCCAGUCUCUGGUGGAAGUUUUGUCGAAAAACUGGAAACGAAUGGAUCUGAUGACUAUGAUGACUCGAGUUUGCCGCAAAGUGGCCUACGAAUUUGAAUCCAAUGCCACCAGGGAGUACAUGAAUCGCAAAAAGCAGGUUCCCUGUAUCACAUCCAUGCUGACCAGGGAUGUCUAUUUCACACCCAAAGCAAAGUAACCUAGUGUCAGUAUACUGUGAUGCUUUAUCAUACUAAGGCAGCAAUGCACACAUGUUCUGAAAUCAGAACUUAACUGGAAACAUGAUGAAGGAACAUUUCAACAGAUAUACUUUUAAAAAAAAAAGAGUGUUGCAAUGAUGAGGUUGAUUUGAGGUCGUUGUUUGGAAUGUUUAUGUAGGAAAGCAUAUUUGGAGAAAGACAUGAUGUAUAACUUGGUUUGUGCAUUGGCAAAGCCCACCCUUUUCAAAAACAAUAAAAUUUAGAGAUUUUGAAAUCAUGCUAUAAAAAAUAAUUGUGCUUUAACAUUAACAACAAAAUGCAGGAUAUGAUCUAUUAAGUUCCAAGUCUUGAAGACAGUGAAGUGGUUCCAAGUGAUUGUAUGACAGUAUACUUGCUUUUGCCUAAAUCCAUUGUUGUAUAAAAUACAGAUACAGUUAUGACUUGUGACUACAACCAAGGUGACAGCUGUAAACAUAUGUUUACUUUUUUAUUUUCUGUGAAAAAAAAGUUGAAAAGGGUAUUUACUCUCUGGAUGAGCAAAAACUCAAAAUGGUAAAGAGAGGCAAAUAGGCAAAUUCUAAAACAAUGUCAAAAGUAGACAGUUUCACUAUGAUCAGGUUUUUUUUCUGUUUUGUGUGUGUGUGUUUGAUUAGCACAAUGCAGCUCAGGUUUAAAUGGCUGUGAAGAGCAUCAGCAUAAAAUUUAUUGGCUCUUUUUUCUUUCGUAUGUAAAACAAAAGAAGUGCAGAUGCAAAGUACAGUAUCUGGAGUGCAUGUAAAUGAAGACCAUUUAAUAUGCAUAAGAAAGAUAGCAGCUAGAUCCAUAUUCUAAGUGUGGCCCUAUGGUUCAUGGAUAUAUAUGCUCCUAAGGAUCAUUGCAUCAGCAACCCAGUUUGUUCCCACCACUUUUCGACUUAUGCUGACCCUGCCCCUACAUUAAAUGUGCUGUUUCCAUGUAAGUUGUUUGGCAAAGGUCAUCCCUAGGUAAGUCUGCUGGUUUUCAAAGUUUAGGUGAGCAUUGCCUACUAAUAAGCUGCCUGAUUGUACAUCAGUGAAGAGUGUGGCUGUGGUUUUGUUUUUUUGGAUGGUACUGCACCAGUUGUCUUGGUUUUAGCAGUGUUGAGGGUUAGCUGCAUGCUCUAUGUUGCAGUGGUAAUAUGUUCUGUUGAACACUACAAUACCAAGUCAUCAACAUAGAGUAUUGAUUUCACUCCCUUGGAUAGCUAAUUUGGUAGCUGAUGUUAGAAAUUGUGAAAUAUUUAUAUGAAAUUCAUUGACGUUUUGAAAGUAUUCUGGUAUGUCAAAACUAAAUAUUUGUAUUGCAACUGCUCUUGCAAAUGCCAUGACCUAUUUAUUACAAAGUUUUUUUUUUAAUUCAAGCCAUAACUAAGCACUUGUAGAUAAACAGGUUUUACUUCAUGAGUUGUAAUAUUGGUAAAUACAUUUUAUUUUUUUCUAUGCAUGAUGUACACUAUUGAUACUGUAUUUUUUGCUCUGUCUAUUAAUACUGUGUGCAGUUUUUUAGGAGAACAUUGAUUUGGCAGCCAAAUUUAAAGCCUGGUUUGUCUUCAGACCUCUUGGUCAUUUGCUGCUUUAUUAAGAUGUGGUAAUGACCUAUAAAGCUUGGUGAUCAUGCAAGCAUUUUUCUCUAUUAAAGUGGUGUGUUGAGCACAGUUAGCAUGUGCCUGUCAUCAUAUUCUUUGUCCCUAUGUCUCUGUGGCAGCUCUACUUCAUUUCCUGCUUUUUUUUUUUUUUCUGUCAUCCUAGUUUUCUUUGCAGUGUUGGGAUUUUUGGCUCUACAGAUUCAUUCCAUGUUGUUUCUCCACAUACUCUUUCAGGGAUAUCUCAGUAAUGUUAAAGUUGUCACAAACACCACUAGAGAGUUCCUUUUUGUGUGCAUUUUGUUGUUGUUUAGCAAAAAUGCUGAGUGCCAGUAAGAGUGUAUUGAUAAAGUAUUGUGCCAUCUUGAACUUUCUUGAAAAAUGUGAUAAUCUUAUUUGUAUUUGUAGCAGCCAUUCUGAGUAGAGUUACCAUUAAGUUGCAUUUCUCACCAAGGAGCUGCCACUGCUUAAACCACUAGGUACUUCUAUUUGCGUUGCAGUCAGUGGGUGUUCAUACCAGGGAAGCUUGCAUUAUCAGCAUGCUUUCUUACCCUUUCUGGUAAUAUAUUGCCUCCUGAGUUAAAAAGUGUGUGCUAUUUUAAAAUCAGAAUCAGCACAACUGGUAAUGGUUGUCUUUGAUGAAAUUUUGAGGCAUGCUGUAGAAUGAUUUUAAAGUGCCAGUUGAAGCAACAGUGCUUGUUUACUAAUUAGAGUUUUUACUUGCCAUUUGUUUUUAUGAGUUUUCUUUCAAAAAUUCACCAUAUUUUACUUUGUGAAACAUGUUGGCUACUUUGAAAAAAAAUUCUUGUUUACUUGACGAUUUCUGCAAAUAUUUUCAAAUUUUGUCAAAGGUUUGAUUUUUGUUUUAACUUGUGUAAAACUACACAAAUACAUGUGUGUCAAAUGGAUUUAUAUUAGAAUUGAUAUCUGGCUUUGGAUUUUUAACUGUGCAUGAUUCUGCAUCACCUUUACUGACGCUUCCUGUUGUGGCAUAGUGAACCAUGUUGUUUUCCAUUUUGAUUUACAGACCACAUACCUUGCUACGUUUGUGUAGAUUAGAUUCUGGAUGUGUGGGCUUCACGAUGUCGUCGAAUGAUGAGAUGUGUUUGUGUUUGUAUGUGUGUCAUCCUCCAUCUUACUGCCUGCGUGUCACUGACUGAUGUCGCCUUCGCUUCUUUAGUGCCAGGACUGUGCUGUGUUCUCAAAUGUCUUGCCCUCAAGCUUCAAAUUCGGUAUUUCGACGAAUCUUUCUACUGACCUACACUUGAAAUGCAAGACAUUGUUUAUACCGAUCCUCGCUUUGCGAAGAUCAGCUUCAAAGUCUGAUGCUGGCAGUUUUAUGGAAAUUAAAAAUCUAAAUUAUGAACACACCCACAAUAUAAUGUAAAGAAGAAGGCUGCUCAGUGUGAGCAAAGAAAUCCAGUAUUUUAUGAUUUUUUUUUAUUAAUGGGGAUGUGCUGUCAGAAGAGUCCCUUUUGCUGGUGGUUUUUUUUUUUCUUUGUUUUUUUUUUAAAUUUUACUGGUUAACUGUGCAAGAGUAUUGAGUCGCAUGCGUAUUGUAUUUCAUUCAGUCAACAGAGAGCUGUGCAUUUAUUCUAUCUGUUACAUGCUUAGAAAGAUUCACGUCUAUCCAAUUUCAUAAGCUCAUGUUGAAGAACCCUAGCGGUUGAAAGCAAUUGCAUCAGUCUGGCGUGCCUGUACCAUACAUAUAAGCUAUACUGUGAUGUACCUGGCAGAUCUGAUACUGCAAUCGUGCAAGAUAUGACAACAGCUAAGAAUAUGAAACUUGCACUCAAAUAAAACUUGCUCAAACUAAAGGAGUCUGGUGUCAAGAAAAUGCCUAGGUUCUUAUUCUCAACAAUUAUGAAAAGGCUGUUUGUACCUUUUCUAAUAACCAUGCAUGAUGUCAACCUGAUUUCUUUGCUAAACAGUCGCCUUGGAUAAGUAAAAGUAAGACGUAGCCCUUGUAGGCAGUGAACUUGUGUGGUUCACUGAUCAAGGUGCUGCUUUUGGAAGGCAGAGCUGAACUCUUUCUUUUGCUCUGGACACUGGGUGGUAAGGGUGGGGUUGUCCAACCACAGGCUUGAGCAGGCCUUCAAAAGUCAUGUGAGUUGGCAACAUUUGGCAGGAAAAAUAACACUUUCCAGUCUAUGAGGCAGUUGCCAAUUCUGAACAAUAAAAUUCUAUGCAUAUAUAUAUACUUAUCAUCCAGUUCAUUAGCAGCACUCCAAGCUCGCUCUCCUCUGUUUAGUCUCCUCCGCUUCACUCUCCAUUGCUCGGUGGGAUCUCACUUUUCUUUAAGAUUUUAUCAACACCUACUGCGGUAUAGAACUUCCUACAUAAAAUUGGAACUAUCCUGAAAAUUUACUUAAAUCUGCUCGCUGUUUGACUUAGGAGUGGGAGAUCAGGCAUUGCUGUCGGGACACAACACGUCCACCCCCUCUCAACCACUAAAGUCAGAAAUAGUUCGAUGUCUUCUCUAACACAGUUCACUCGCAUGGAAGCAGACAUCUUUUAUGUAUCAAGCGAGAAAAAAUCUUGAUCUUCGAUCAACACAAAACCAAGUUGCACUUGAUCAGCAUUUAUUUCACGAAGAACCUUUGCAUGAAGGUCCAGACCACAGAAAUCGCUUGAGCGGCUGUCUUGGCGAGUAAAGAUGGCGUAGUGAGGCAGAUGAAUGGCCACUUCAAUACACAGCUGUUAUUUAGAAAGCAAUUCUGUCUACGGUAGUUAUAUAUAUCAAGCACCUUGGCUUGUGAAUAUAAGUGAUAUGCAAGACCUGCUUGUCUUGUUGCCAGCUUGUGUCUGUUCCUUUUCCAUUUCCUGUAAAGCGCUUUGAGCAAAUCACUGGCAAAGCGCUACAUAAAUGUUCAUCAUUAUUAUUAUUUAAUUUUGCCUCAUCCUUGGCCAGGUCUGCCCAAAUGCUAUUUUAUGUGUUCUUUUUCCAAAGUCAGAAGACUUUCCAUCCCAACUUUCUGAAAAGAAAAAUAAAAGGUUACAAGAAGCCUUCCUUAGAUCUUGUCAAACCCUUGCUUCUUUUUCUGUCUGUAGAAAAAUUUUCACAGCUUAGUUCUGUACUUCCCAUGAUUUCUUUUUUUUUUUUACUGAGAAAGCCAAGGAAAAAAACAAAUUGUAUCUCAGGUUGUCUGUUUACAUAUUUUCAUAUCAUAUCAUACCGACUGUAAUAGAUUGCCUAAAAUCGUUUGGAACUGUCAGUAAGUUUGAGAGAAUGAAUUGUGUUAAAGGUAAUUGAUGUAAUAAUGAAUGAAGUUCUGAAAACAUAAUAAAAGGGAAUUAAGAAAAAUC